AUGCCAUUGUUCAAGCCAGCGACCGACGAUCGAUCAGGAAUCCCCCAUUGGCGCCGUACCCUCGCACACCUGGCGAUGUACGAGGAUCUUCACGCCCUUCCGCAUGCGACCUCGAAUUUCCUGUUUGGGAACAUGCAUCACGUGACAUAUCGUCGCUGGCGGCGAAAACGCGCGAUGAACUCGGAUUUCGGUCGAACCAUCGUUCUGGAGGUGCGCUUGGAUCUGCGGCCGAACAGGCUUCUCUGUGCUCCACUCCAGAGUGACAUCGAGCUCCCCACCCCCGGAUGCGGAAACCCCAACAUCCCAGUUUCGUCCUGUUCCACACUCGUCCUAAGGCUCGAGUCAAGGGCAGAGAGGCACAGGAAAUCAUGGAAAGGAACAGCAGAAAAAUUUCUCUCUUCGCCGCUGUUGCAUGUCAUCAUCAAUUUUUUUGACUAUUCCAACAGGCCGCAUUUGGAUGUCCCCAAUAUCUAUAAGAAUGGCCUCCUGGUCCCCCCAAAGCUUGGUUUGUUCCACUCUUCAGAUCUCCCAUCGCAUAUCAUCCUAGGUAAGCUUUCCAAUAUCUCAAAAUUGCAAUACCUGUCUCGAUACUGA